CGUGCGGCCUACCCAACAGAAAGUAGUACCAAAAGCGUGACAUUUUCACUACUAAUUUAUAGGAAAAAGUUAAAACUAAAAAUUAACCAUAUGUUAUAAUGAAAGAGUGAAAUUUUUAAGAGGAAUUCCGUCAAAAUGUUUUGGCCGUAGUCGAUUAAAAUUUGAAAUGAGAAGGCGGAUGAAUACCCGACUGGUGAGCAGGAGUGAAACUCGGUGACUCCUUUUCAUUUCGUCUCACAUCCGGCUCGUGUCGUAUACUACCGUUCGUUCCGAAACUAGCAACACACUUCUCGGGGUAUAUUUUCGCAAUAAAGCGGCCGACGCAGGGGAGUAGAGAUCGUCUGUGCUAAAACAAAAACAACACAAAGUUCAAUUCGUUAGCUCUUGGUAUUAAAUUUUGAGUGCAGUGACUAAAAAUGAGCUGGCAGGAUUACGUGGACAAGCAAUUGCUCGCAUCGAGGUGUGUAACGAAAGCCGCGAUCGCUGGCCAUGAUGGAAAUGUUUGGGCCCGAUCAGAAGGAUUCGAAUUAUCUAAAGAUGAACUGCAGAAGCUUGUCGAAGGCUUUGAGAAGCAAGACCUCCUGACCUCAGCGGGUGUUACGCUGGCCGGCAACCGAUAUAUUUACCUUUCCGGUACGGAUAAAGUUGUAAGAGCUAAAUUAGGCAAAGUUGGUGUCCACUGUAUGAAGACCCAACAAGCCGUCGUUGUUUCUCUUUAUGAAGAUCCUAUUCAACCUCAACAGGCAGCGUCUGUAGUCGAAAAGUUAGGAGAUUACUUAGUCUCGUGUGGAUAUUGAGAUAGGAAAACUGCGUCGCCAAGUCUGCCGGGGGGGGGGGAUGGCCGGUAUAUAAUCGAGGGGCUAGGACAUUCAAAAUACAGCGAAAACUUUAAAAUGAAGAAGGAAAAAACUGGCGAACUUUGAAUUAAUUCAAGUGAAUUUUUUACUCAGAAAUUUAAUAAAAUGAAUUGGAAGGAAUAAGAAACUUAAAUUAAUAACAAUUAUAAACAAGUAGGGGGACAUGUGACGUUCGGAAUCCGAAAGCUUUUUUCAUCAUUUGCCAUGUUUUGUUUAGAAUUUCCAGGAGUGUACUUUUUUAAUUAUAUCGUCUCUUGUGUAAAGAAUAUUCAAUUUCGAAGCCGAAGAUUUCGAAAGUCUUGCCGUUCAAUUAAUACAGAAAAAAUCUUCUUCUUUCCAAACAUUUAAAUCGGAAAAAAAUCGAAUAAAUAAAUUUAAAAAAAAAUCCGACAAUUUUUAUGUAUUUAAUAAUUGUUAAUUUUUAUCAUUUUUUAAAGAGAAAGGAAAAACUCUAGUCCAACCUUACAAAAAAGGCAUAAUUUUUUUACAUUGAUGCAAAAAUUUUUGUUUCUUUUUCGGGGGAAUAUAAAUAAAAAAGAAUAAGAAAGCCACAUUACCAGAGGCUGUGUGGAUUUGGCUCCGGAUGAUAUAUGUUGGUAUAUACGGUGCAAACAAAAUUAUUUAAAAUUUUGGGAAAAUAAUAGAAAAAAAACCGAUUCUAAGUGUAUGUAUUCUUUAUGUGAUUCAAGAUUUUUUUUAUAUAAAUAUAAUAAUAUUAAUAAUUAGAUUAUGGGAUUCACGAACAAUUCAAUAUUCUUUUUAGAAUUAUUAUGAACUUAAUUGUCUAUGAUGCUCAGUUUGAUGCUAUAUGUUAGAAGAAGAAAAACCCUUUUCAUAUGUAAUUUUCUCUUUUUUACUGUACUUGCAAUUUUUUUGUCGGAAAAAUAUUAAAAAAAAAAAUAUUUUAAAACCCACUUUUUUUUUGUUCUUUUCUCUUUAGAUUAGUCAUGUAUCGAACCUUUUUUGUCUUGUGGAUUCCUUUUAUUUUUUAUUAAUUAAAAAAGCCAACUAUAAUAAUUUUUGGCUAAUAUCGUAAGAAUUUUAUUGGUAUAUGUUUUUUUUCUUUGGGGUUCCUGAGAUAAUGUGCAACUUCUAUUUUUGUUUUGAAAUUUAAUAUAGAUUUGAGAUAUUUGAAGCAAUUUUAAUUUUUCACCUUAGACAUAUUAUCAGCGCUGUGCUUUAAUAUAUGUUAAAGGAGGAUGAAUUUUUCUCCUCUGUAUGUGUGCCAAUUUGUGGAAUCGAUCAGCUGCCUCUUGUUAUUAUAUACAAUAAAAAUAAUUAAUAAAUUAUGUGGAAACAAAAACAUUUAUAAUUAUAUAUUGUAAUCUCGAUAAAUUAAAAAGGAGGUAAAAAAAGAAUUUUUAAAUAUGCUACACAUUUUGUAUGUUAUGCUCGUUUUCGUUCGCAAUUUGUAAACCAAUUGGUCAUCAUGGAUCCCCAUAAAAAGGAACGUUUAAUAAAAAGAAGUUGCAUUUAUUAAAA